AAGGCGAUGUAUGGACUCUGGGAUCCAUUCUGGCUGUACUCAGAUCAGCUUUCUGAGAAGAGUGUCUGUUAGGAUGCCAAACAGAGGCUGUGACCACAGAGAUAUGGCACAGGCCCCUGGUAUAGAGGACUCUGAGAAGGAGGCAGGCUGUCUGGAAGAUGGGGAAUCCCAGCAGGAAGAGUGUGAAGAGCACCAGGACCAUCAGGAAUGGUACGAGCCCAUUCCUAAAGCAGCACAGGACUCAGCAGAGGAAUAUAUUGACACACACGGAUGGCACAGUGACACUUUCUUGGACCUCAGCAAUGAAAAUGAGGACUGCUGUAGGACACCGCUCAGCUCUAAGACCGGAUCUUGCUCUGGGGGUUGUCUGGACUUGCAUUCUCCCUUUGUCAAAAAAAGAGAUCCCUCUGAAUCAGAGAGGCAUCACAUUGUCUUUGACAGUCUCCAUAGGACAGUGGAUGGAGAGCAAUCACAAACACAGACUGGAUGUAAGGAGAUAAGGAAUGUGGGAAUUGAUGGUAUUGGAAUGUAUGAUGCUAAGGAUGCUAAGGAUGUGCCUGAGUGUGAGGAGACGUUUAGUAAUUUGCCAGCAGGACCUGUAGUUUGUCCUUCCUCACAGAAUGAUCUGUCCAAUCAAGAAACACCCUUGUUGGCAUCAGUGGACUCUAUAGAAUCACAAAAACUCUCUGAGCUAAAUGCUGAAGACACAUUGACAUCAACAGAAAGUGAAUAUAAGUUUCAACUUGUAGACACCCCUGAUGGAAAAUCUCAAUGCGAUCAAAUCAUAAAAAAUAUGACAGAAACUCAACCAACAAAUAAAGAGUCGCAUAUACAAAUUGUGACCUCAAAUGUGAAAGAAUUACAUUGUAAUUAUAACAAUACAAAUGACUCUGAAAUGCAGUUGAUUCACAAUGAAACAGUUCUGGAAAAUUCAGUCAGCAAGCACGAGUUAAACACUCAUAAGCAUGAGCUGAGUUUAAUUGUAUCACAACGUUGUACUAUAGACACAAAUGUAUCUAAAUCAAUUGAGAAGCCUAUUGAAGAGACAAAAGAGUCAAUAGAGUGUAGACAAUCACAGGAUUUAUUAGAACCCAGCCAAUCACAGGCCUCAGUAGAGCACAGCCAAUCCCAGGCCACAGUCGAGCACAUCCACUCAAAGCCCUCAGUGGAACACAGUCAAUCACUGGCCUUAAUAGAACACAGCCAUUCACAGGCUUCAGUAGAACACAGUCAAUCACAGUGCUCAAAAGAACAGAGACAAUCACAGACCUCAGAUGAACAUAGUCAAUCAGUUGCCUCAAUAGAACAAAGCCAAACACAGGCUUCAGUAGAACACAGUCUUUCAAUGUGCUCAAUAGAACACAGCCAAUCACAGGCUUCAGCAGAACACAGCCAAUCACAGGCCUCAAUAGAAAACAGCCAAUCAAAGGAUUCGGUAGAACACAUCCAAUCACUGGCUUCAGUAGAACACAGACAUUCACUGUGCUCAAUAGAACACAGAAAAUCACAGGCUUCAGCAGAACACAGUCAAUCACAGGUCUCCAUAGGACACAGCCAAUCACAGGCUUUAAUAGAACACAGCCAAUCACAGGCUUUGAUAGAACACAGCCAAUCACAGGCAUCAGCUGAACACAGUCAAUCACUGUGUAAAAUUGAGAACAUUCCAUCACACGCUUCUGUAGAACACAGUCAAUCACUGUGCUCAAUAGAACUUAGUGAAUCACAGGCCUCAGAAGAACAAAGUCAGUCACUGGUCUCUGUAGAAUACAGCCAAUCACAGGAUUCAGUAGAACACAGUCAAUCACUGUGCUCAAUAGAACACAGCCAAUUACAGGCUUCAGCAGAGCAAAGUCAAUUACUAUGUAAAAUCGAGCACAUUCAGUCACAGGCUUCAGUAGAACUAAGUCAAUCACUGUGCUCAAUAGAACUUAGUGAAUCACAGGCCUCAGAACAAUAUAGUCAAUCACAGGCCUCAAUAGAAUACAGCCAAUCACAAGCUUCAGUAGAACACAGUCAUUUACUGUGUUCAAUAGUACACAUUCAAUCACAAGCUUCAGUAGAACACAGCCAAUCACAGGCCUCAGAAGGACACAGUCAAUCACUGUGCUCAAUAGGAAACAGCCAAUCACAGACUACAGAAGAACACAGCCAAUCACAGGCUUCAGAAGAUCACAGUCAAUCACUGUCCUCAAUAGAACACAGCCAGUCUCAGGCUCCAAUUGAACACAGUCAAUCUCUGUGCUUAAGAGAACACAGCCAAUCACAGGCAUCAGAAGAACACAGUCAAUCACUCUGCUCAACAGAACACAGCCAAUCACAGGCCUCAUUAGAAUUCAGCCAAUCACAGACUUUGGUAGAACACAGCCAAUCACAGGCUUCAUUAGAACACAAUCAAUCACUGUGCUCAAAAGAACAUAGUCAAUUACUGUGUACAUUUGAGCACAUUAAGUCACUCUGCUCAAUAGAACACAGUCAAUCACAGGCCUCAAUAGAACACAGUCAAUCACUGUGCUCAAAAGAACUCAAACAAUUACAGGCCUCAGAACAACAUAGUGAAUUACUGUGCUCAAUAGAACACAGGCAAUUAAAGGCCUCAGAAGAACACAUUCGAUCAAUGUGCUCAAAUCAACACUGUCAAUCACAGGCCUCAGAAGAACACAGUCAAUCACAGGCCACAAAAGAACACAGUCAAUCACUGUGCUCAAUAGAACACGCCCAAUCAGAGGCAUCAGAAGAAAACAGUCAAUCAAUGUGCUCAAAUCAACACUGUCAAUCACAGGCCUUAGAGGAAUACAGGCAAUCAAAGGCCUCAGAAGAACACAGUCAAUCACUGUGCUCAAUAGAACAUGGCCAAUCAGAGGCAUCAGAAGAAAACAGUCAAUCAAUGUGCUCAAAUCAACACUGUCAAUCACAGGCCUUAGAGGAAUACAGGCAAUCAAAGGCCUCAGAAGAACACAGUCAAUCACUGUGCUCAAUAGAACAUGGCCAAUCAGAGGCAUCAGAAGAAAACAGUCAAUCAAUGUGCUCAAAUCAACACUGUCAAUCACAGGCCUUAGAGGAAUACAGGCAAUCACAGGCCUCAGAAGAACACAGUCUAUCACUGUGCUUAAUAGAACACAGCCAGUCACUGGCUCCAUUAGAACACAGGCAAUCAGAAGUUGAUUUUAUGGAGGCAAUUUCCAUGAACUCUCAGUGGAAUGCUAUGAUUGAGUCAGACUCUGUUUUUAUGUCACACUCACUGGGUAGCAACAUUUAUGAAAAUGAACAACUAAAACAUGACUGCAAGGACAUUUGCACUGACUGUGAAAUCAACCAAUCCUUAAAAAUAUCUGAAAAGCUGUCAUCAGCGCACAAUGACAAUGAACUUGAUCUAGCCAUAAAAAAGAACGACACUCUGUAUUUCAAAAAGGACUUGAAUGAAACCCCACCUGUUCUUACUGAGCAUUAUGCACCUGAUAGAGGUUCCUCGAAUGUGCCUUAUGUAACUUCUGCAGGAGUGUCAGAUUCAGUGUUUCAACAUGUGAUCAAUGACCAAACUGUACAGUCAGACUGCACUUAUUUCAGCCUCCAAAAUGGCUUAGUAUUACAAAUGGAUACUGAAAUAGAUGAAUACUCAAUUAAUAAAUGUCACAUGGACAAUCAUGUUUUGCAAAAGUGUGAGCAAACAUAUUUAGAAGACUUUGAGCCUGAGGCAGAUUUUCGCAUAACCUAUCAGUGCAGCCCUAAUAGUAAAAUUAAUUACACCAAACAGGGUGAAUUUAUUGAAGCACAAGCUUGUGUUGCCUCUAAAGGUGCUGAUAACAAAGAUGACAUUGAUGAUAACCUGCAACAUGACAUUUUUAUAGAGUGUCCAAAAGAAUCUAUUAUAAUUCCCUCAGUAGAGCAGUCAGUAAUUUACUCUGAUAGUUUGGGACACAUGAAUAAUAUAAAGCCCAAUACAUUUUUGUGUCCUGACAUAAAGACAUCAGCAGUUGAUGGGUGUCCAAGAAGUCCUGUUGACAGUCCUGUUGAGUCUCUGGCCGGUCUGUUUGAGAUUUUUUCUGACAAAUCUCCUGUUAGCCCAACAAACAUUUACUUGGAGCUCAGUGAUGAUCUACAUAUUAACUGUAAACAAGUAGCACAUUGCAUUGUAGAUGUUAUGUCUGGCACAUGUAAAGAGAAUACACAAACCUCUAAACAGUUUCACCAACCCAGUGACCUGUGUAACAAACACACAAGGCAAAAUGAUUUGAUUAAGUUUGAAGCAUUUGAGCCAGCCAGCAUAUCAAAACUUAAUGUUGAUAUUUUGUCUAAUGCACAGUCUGAUCCUCUCACAAACAUACUAUAUCCGUUUGAUCAUUCCCAGCUGAGCAGUAAAAAUGAGGCUUUGGGGACAAAAGGAGAGAGAGAGUACAGCUCAGACACAAAUAAUAACAAUAAGACCAUUACUUUAGAAGAGAGUGCCUCAGGUGUAGGAAGCUCUUUACCUAGGUCUUUAAUUAAACACAAUAUAUUUACUAACAUAACUAAAUGUUUAGUGUCAGAAGGGGUUGAUCACUUAAAAGAGUAUGACUGUUUUAGUUCACCUCCUGUUUUAAAUGGCUCAGCUACCCCCAUUAAAGCACCUGAAAUAAAUAUUGCAAUGGACUUUAAAGAUAAUUUUGUAAAACCACCUGACAUGAGCGCAUACGUCAGCCACAAAGAUGUUACACAAAAGCAGCUCCAUGAUUGCUGUGGUGGGAAGAAGUGCCAGUGCUUGUCUGCAGUGGAGGGAGAGCAGACAGUAGGAGGAUUUCAGUUAAAGGACACAGACACCACCAGUCAGAAUAGCAUUGCAGUGUUACAAACCUCAAGUCCCUCGCACACAGAUGUCCAUCAUAACACCCAUGGAAUGGUACAUGCUGACUCUGCAAACUGUGAAUUUUCACAUGUUUUCUAUUUGCAUGCGCAUGUCCAAGAGGAAAGUAUGUUACCACUGAGCAGCUCUAGGCUCAAGGUAGAUGAAACUCAUACAUCAGAAAAUACAGAGAGAAGGCUUGAAACCUCUUUUAAAACAAGCUCUCCUGAAAUUAAAGACUCAUUAUGUGAACCAUCUGAUUGUAGAGAACCUCUUUAUACACAGUCUUUGCAGCUGCACAACUCUGCAACAGAGAGCGCAUUUGUUGCAUGUUGUCGCAUGUUGCCCAUUACUAAUUUAGAGGCCAUUUUGGAGUCUGACCAUUCACUGGAGAGCUCAUUCGUAAUGGAGAAUGGAUUGGAGGAACAACAGACAGGAAGUCCAUUACCAGAUGGUGGAUUCAAUGAAGAGUGGAGCUCCUGUGAUGACAUUACAAAUGGCACUGUUCCUUGCAGUCCAUGUGACAGCAACAUUUCAGCCAUACGCACAACUGCAAGGGAGAUGAAAGCCAAUGUAGCCAUAGUUCAAGAAGCAAGUACUGUUAUGAAUCAGCCAGAUGUUGAGGAGACAUUGACACCUCAAUUAAAUGGGGUUGAUAACUGUGAUAGCCACAGUGUGUCUAGUUUUGUGUCACAAGAUCUUGAUUCCAGUACCAACAGUGAGGAGACAGAGGACAGCACUCAAUCACCCGCUAGCCUCCGCUGUUCUGCGAGAAAUAAAAGAAACCAGUCAGGGAAGGGCUCUAUGUUUUCUGUGUUCUCUAGAAUGCCCUCGUUCCGCAAGACCAAACGAGAACAUAAGGGCAAUAACAAGGUAGAUCCAGAUGUUAAGGACUUAACUGAAGAAGGAGACGAGCAGGAGCAGGUGAAGUGUAGUGAGUCACCCACACAUAACAAGGCCCAUCCUUUUCUCUACAAGAGCUUGGUGUCUCAGAGUACAAAUCAUCGUACAGACAUUAUAAAGUACGCUGACCACUCCAGUGAUGAUAUUUUUGAGCAGGCCUUCGCCCUGAAUUUGCGUAAUAGAGAGAAAUACGCUCAAUCCCAAAAUUUGUAUUACUCCAGUAACAUCCAACAGAAGCACAAAGAUGUUGACACAGAGAAUUGUAUAGCUUGCCCAGUAACAGAGGAAUUACAGCAAAGGAAAUGUAAGAGUUCUGACAAUUUAAACUUACGCAUGAAGCUCGCAAUGGCUCAUAGGUCCCUGUCUAGCCUGUUUGAGUCCAGAUCUCAUGAGAAGGAAAAACAGGAGCAGAUCUUGCAGUUGGAGAAAGAGGAAGGGAAAACCAAGCAGUCCUGGAAGAAGAUGAAAUGUUAUAAGGAAGCAGAAAUUUACAAAAGAACUCUGUCUGUUCCUGAGACAAUCUGUGACAUGUCCGCACACCAGAGCCAUAGCGACUGUGCCUACUAUGCACCUCAGAGCAGGUUCAGGCUUCACAGCUCACCUAGUUCCCAGCAGUGUUUGAGGAACAUGUGUCAUUCUGACCCACUGAUCUUGAAAACUGCUCACCAGUUAGAACAUACUCUUGAGAAAAAUUGUCUGGAAGGAGGCGAGCUACCUAGUGCCAUUUCCUCUGACCAGGCCUCGGUAGACAACUUUGAGGCUGUUCGCAAUGUGUACGAUAGGUCACAGUCUCCUGUACACCCCACUGUUCUUACUCUGGAUAAUCAGAUGUCACCCACAUGGGUGAGGUCAAUGAGCUGUUUCGAAGCCACUGAUACUCCGUCAAGGCCCAUAAGCCCCAAACCCAGUCCAGGGUUGUGGACACACCGGAGGAGCUUCCGUUACCCCUCGCGAUCCGUGGCAUCUUCUCUCUGCUCACUUGGCCAGGGAGUGAGUGUUGAGGGUCUCUUUGACCCACCUCAAAGGCCGAAGUCUCUGAAACCUAGGAUAGCACAACUUACCACAGCCCACUCUUUUGAUUCUGAAUACUUAAUAGAGGAUAGUAGUUCUGACAGCCAGUCUCAGACCAGCCUGACGCCAGGAUCGCUAAUUAACAAACCAGAGCAUGUACAGCAUGGUGUUGAGCCAGCCAUUCAGUCAUCAGAGAGAAGACAAGGACAUGGAUGUGUGCUUCGUGUGAAGAAAAGAGAGCAGUGUAAAAAUGCACCCAGACCCACCUCAGACAUCUACAGUUGGACAGGGCCUCUCCAGGGCAUCAGAGAGGUGGCACUUGACCAUGAGAGGAAGAGAAAUUCUAGGAAAGAACAUUGUCACUCAUGCUCAUAUGAAACAUUGGCUGAUGCAGAGAACCUCUGUAAAAAGAACCUAAGCGCACGGACAAGUUUGUGCCAGCUUAGAACCCCGACAUCUGAGAAGCGUGAAAAAGUGCGCACUAGACUCUCCCUUACAUAUCCUGAGCAGUUCCCCUCCAUCUCCAAAGACCACUUCUUCUCCCAGAGCACACCCGUAGGCCUGGACUGCUUGGGCUGGCCUCACCGUGUGUCAUUUUCAGCGUUGGUGAUUACUGAUGGAUCGCUGGAUAAGUCUGGCCUUGCUAAUGAUGUAGGGAGUGAAGAUGAGCUGUACAAUGAGUUUCGGAGCUCUUCCAACCGUUUUGGACACCCAGGAGGAGGAGGAGGAGAGCAGCUGGCCAUAAAUGAGCUGAUCAGUGAUGGCAGUGUGUGUGCGGAGGCUCUAUGGGACCACGUCACCAUGGAUGAUCAGGAGCUGGGCUUCAAGGCUGGGGAUGUCAUAGAAGUAGUGGAUGCCACAAACAAAGAGUGGUGGUGGGGCCGAGUGCUGGACAGCGAGGGCUGGUUCCCCGCCAGCUUCGUUCGGUUACGGGUGAACCAGGAUGAGCCCAUGGAGGAGUACUUAGCCCAUCUGGAUGGGGACUCAGAGGGGGGUGGUGCCAGCAUGGGUACCCCCCUAGGACCUGGUCUGCCUUGCAAGGAGCAGAUGAGGGCCAACGUCAUCAAUGAGAUCAUGAGUACAGAGAGGGAUUACAUCAAACACCUGAAGGACAUCUGUGAGGGCUACAUAAAACAGUGUCGGAAACGGACAGACAUGUUUACCGAGGAGCAACUGCGUACAAUAUUUGGAAACAUUGAUGAGCUCUACCGAUUCCAAAAGAAGUUCCUGAAAGCAUUGGAGAAGAAAUUUAACAAAGACCAUCCUCACCUCAGCGAGAUUGGCUCAUGCUUCUUAGAGCAUCAAACAAACUUCCAGAUAUACUCAGAGUAUUGCAACAACCACCCAAAUGCCUGCGUGCAGCUUUCCAAACUGAUGAAGAUCAAGAAGUAUGUGUUCUUCUUUGAGGCCUGUCGCUUGCUCCAGAAGAUGAUUGACAUUUCGCUAGAUGGAUUCCUGCUUACUCCUGUUCAGAAGAUCUGCAAGUACCCUCUACAGCUAGCUGAACUGCUGAAGUAUACCAACCCACAGCACAGAGAUUUUAAGGAUGUGGAGGCUGCCUUAAAUGCGAUGAAGAAUGUGGCCAGAUUGAUCAAUGAGCGAAAGAGGCGUCUUGAGAACAUUGACAAAAUUGCUCAUUGGCAGAGCUCCAUAGAGGACUGGGAGGGUGAAGACAUCUUGAGCAGGAGCUCCGACCUGAUUUUCUCUGGAGACCUGACCAAGAUCUCCCAGCCACAAGCCAAAGGCCAGCAGCGAAUGUUCUUCCUCUUUGACCACCAGUUGGUUUUCUGUAAAAAGGAUCUGCUUCGGAGGGAUAUCCUGUACUACAAGGGACGGUUAGACAUGGAUCAGAUGCAAGUGGUGGAUGUAGAGGAUGGGAAGGAUAAAGACUUUAAUGUGAGUGUGAAGAAUUCCUUGAAACUGUGUUCUGCUGGUGGAGAGGAGGUCCAUCUUAUAUGUGCCAAGAAACCUGAGCAGAAGCAGCGCUGGCUGCGAGCCUUUGCAGAUGAACGGGAACAGGUUCAGCAUGACCUCGAAACAGGUUUUAUGAUCACAGAGGUCCAAAAGAAGCAGGCCAUGUUGAAUGCAUCUAAAAGUCACCCAACAGGGAAGCCCAAAGCUGUGACCAGGCCCUACUAUGACUUCCUGCUGCGUCAGAAGCACCCCACACUUCCCACCUCCCUGCCCCAGCAGCAGGUAAUCAUGUUGGCUGAACCCAAACGCAAGACCUCCAAUUUCUGGCACAACAUCGGACGCUUGACACCAUUCAAAAAAUAAG